AUGGCAUCAGCAUCAUCCGGUGAUAAUGAUGAUAAAAAGAAAUCGGCUGGCGGUGUACGCUCCGGCUUUCUCGGUAAAACUGGUACAGACGAAGCACCACUAGAUAAAACUUAUUACAAUAUUCUCAACGUGUCGCCAACAGCUACUGCGUCAGAAAUUAAAAAAGCUUAUUAUUCACUUUCAUUACAGUAUCAUCCCGAUCGAACACAAAAUCUCAAUGAUCUCACGCGCCGAGAAUAUGCAGAAAGAUUCAAACAGAUUUCUCAGGCUUACAGUAUUCUCAGUGAUCCUGAAAAGCGAAAACUUUACAACAGAUACGGUAAAGAUGAACGUCUAGUUAACAAUGGUUCGGCAGGAUUCAAUUUGGAAGAUUUCGACGCUGAAGAAUUCUUUCGACUGAUGUUCGGUGGUGAACAGUUCACGAAAAUAAUCGGUGAUUUCGAAUUAGCUAAAUCAUUUAAACAUGCGAUCAGCGAAGUGAUCAAAGAUGCUGAGAACAAAGGUACCGAAGAGACCCGCGAGCAAAAAGAAGAAAAAAUGCGCAAACGUUUGGCUUAUGCUGAAGAACGCUCUCAAGCACGUGAAGAACGAAUCAAACAAUUAGCACAAAAUCUAACGUAUAAACUGUCCGUUUUUACGGAAUCGAUUCCGCCGAAUGCUAACGAACAACAACAGAAGGAAGCAAUGCAUAAUUUCACUGAAUUAACUCGCAUGGACAUUCCAAAUUUAUUGAAUGCACCCUAUGGUGAACAUUUACUACAUGCCAUCGGAUAUAUCUAUGCUUCGAAAGCAAAAUUAUGGUUGAAUAAGCUCGAUUCUCAAGAAGGUCACAUUGGUAAACGUGUUUUGGGUUUUGGUAAACAUUUUCAAUCAUCAUGGAAAGAACGUGUACACGUAGUUAAGGAAACAGUUAAGACAGUGAAAUGUGCCGUCGAAUGGGGACAGUCGAUGUCAAAAUUAGCACAAAUUGCCGAUGAAGAAGCAGCAGCGAGUGAAGAAGCACAAAACUCUCAAUACCCGUUCACACACCAUUCGGGUCAUUUAGAAUAUGAAGGUUUUGUUCCUUCAGAAUCGACUGCGUCAACUUCGGCAUCAGCAUCAUCGCAACACGCCAAUGCAAGUUCAACAGCAUCAGCAUCGGCAUCAGCGUCGACUACGUCUACAUCAGUCAAACAUCAUCGUCAAGGUAAAUCUGCAUCAGCACAACCACCUGUCCCAUUAACUGAAGAAGAAAAACGUAAACUCGAAGCAGACACAGCUGCCAAAUCAAUGGAAGCGCUCUGGCGUGCCACCAAACUUGAGAUCGAAAGUAUCGAACGCGAUGUUUGCGAUCGAGUACUCAAUGAAUCAACAUGCCAUCGAGAUACGCGACGACGCCGAUGUAUCGCUCUACUGAAAAUAGGCGAACUAUGGCAAGAAGCACGUGACACACGAGCAAGAACAGCAGCAUCAUCCUCGGAUUCACCAUAA